AUGCGACAGGCCAUGUCCACUCGCCCCUUCGGUGCAUUUCGAAGGGAUGUUCAAAUAGCUCAAGCUUCCGCCGCCCCGUAUUCUUCGUACGGAGGUUCGUCAUCUACCUACGACGACGGUCAGUGGCACGGAGGAUAUUCAUCGGGCAGUUCAUACGAUCAACAAGCAGGCUCCGGUCAGAGCCAGUCAGGAAGUAUGUCUUCAGGUAGUGGGAGCACAGGGAGCUCGGGCACAAGCGGAGGCUCUUACGGCGCUGGUAGUGCCGCCCAAGCCAGCCCUGUUGCUUCGACAGAGAACUCAGCGUCGUCAUGGUCUGAAGGAAGUUCCGCCAACAGUGGCCAGGGCAAUACGCAGGGGUGGAGUAGCCAAUAUGUUCAAAACUCACCGGCUCCAUCGGCUGUAAGCGUGACAUGGGAAACGUCGGCCAUUCCUACACAGACAGCCACCUGGACAAGCAUGACAUCGAGCACCUCCACAACCAGCAAUAGCACACCCACUGGCUCGAGCACUACCGAAACCGAAGCCCCCGCCAGUACAACGACAGCCGCCUCCGCCGCAGGUACCUCGCAUACCGCUACGCCUCUGUCUACCAAGUUGGCCAUCGGUCUGAGUGUUGCAUUGGCUGUCGUGGCCAUCCUAGGCUUCUUCGUGUGGUCAUUGCACCGGAAGAAACGUGCCUUGCAGAAAGCAAUAGCUGGCCACACCGGCCGCAACGAGAAGCCAGACCCUAGCCCACAACAACCAUCAAUGAUGAAGAGAUGUGUCAACAGCGUCUGCAACGGUGCAUCAGCCAUAAAGUUCAAGUCUACCAAAUCGCGUCUACGUUCGAGUUCCAUGCGUCUUCCUGGAGCUCCCAAGGCGGAGUACAAACCAAUCAAGGACCUGGCACUCAAGGUAUAUGCCAAUGGCCGCGGGAUGCUACGUACGGCAGCGAACAUUGCACGGUCUACCUGGAAGAAGUCGAACGUGCAUGUUCCCCGACCUGCAUCUGAGUAUAUGCACGAUCCCAACAGUGUCUUGCGGGAUGGCUUCCGUCAGAUUCAUCGGUCAUACUUGUCUUUGCCUCAGGCACGCAGCAUCAACAACAAUAAGGAUAACAAGGAUAUCCAUCCCGCAUUGCGAGGUCUACAUUCCUCCACUGAGACAUUAGUCGGGGCAGACAUGGGAAGAAUCAAGGAAGUAACCGUGUCCAACACUCCUCCAAAAGAAGAGACUGGCAGGAUUCCAGAGGCCAAUGUCGCUACAGUGGAGACCAUUUCGCGAGGCACAUCGACGAAUUCCAGCUCCCCGGCAGUUUCGAGAAGCCCAACCAUUGAGGUCCCUACUAUCGAAAUACCCACUUCUCCUGGAGCACCUCCAAUUUCAUUGGCUCGUGUGUAUCGCGUCGACAUGGAUUUCCGCCCUGUGAGCCCUGAACACGUUGGACUCAAGGAGGGUCAAACGGCUAUCCUACACCUAGUAUACGAAGAUGGAUGGGCAUUGGUCACUGUCCUCGAAACCAACAAGGAAGGCCUUGUCCCACGGGCUUGUUUCUCCGCCCAACCUAUACGGAACCAAGCCCAGUAUCUCGGAAACAACAUCAGUAUCUCGACGGAUCACGUUCCUCGCUCUCCGCGUCCUGCGACUCCCACCUCUCCAUGCGAGUCGACAUCUGAUGGCGACCUCGGACGGUUCUACUCGAACUGCGUGAGUCCGGAGUUGCCGCCAGUUGACGAUGAGAGACCACAGACGCCGCGGCUGAAGUCCUUGCCGUCGAUUGCGAGUUUCCUGAAAUCACCUCCCAGCUUUAAGAGCAUGGUUUAG